AUGUAUUUAAUGUAUAUUGGACUAUUGAUUUUUUUUACUGCCAAUCCUCUUAUGGCUUUAAAUACCAAUGAAUGUACAUACAAUAGUACUAAGCUACAACUAGUGAAUUUACUCAGCAAUUUUUCAAAUAAUAUAUACAAAAACAACAUUUCCAUAAUAGAAAAUCAACUAGAAGAAUGUUAUAAUUUAUAUAAAUAUUCUUCCUCUAACAGUCUCUUUUUUCUGGAAAAGUUAUUAAAGGAUAAAAUAAAUAAUAUAACAGCUACAGACACUUUAGAUAUUAGAAUUCAUAUAAAGUCACUCAAUAAAGGUUUAACAUAUGCCAUUAAUGUAAAACCAUACUUUUUUAAAAGAGAAGCUUUAUCAAUUCUUAUUAAGAAUCUCAAUACAAACUUAAAUAAUUUAUUAAGUAUAUUUCAGAAAACAUCAGUUCACGCUUAUAAAGAAGAAGGGACAAUUAUUCAGUCAAUAGAAUCUUUUACAUCCACUUCUACACAUCCAAAAUUACAAAAGAUUUUAAAGGAUUCUAUCAUUCUAUUUAUUCUUUUUGGUUCAAUAGCUGAUGUUUGUGUUGUUCCACAUAUGACAAUAUGUCCUAUGAUAGUUUUAGUUGGAUUAAUAUCAAGUGCCCUUUGGAUGUUUCAAAUAAAUGAUAUAUUCAAUGGCAUAUUUUUGUGA